GUUUUGGGGGCACCCUGGGACCCCUUGGAUGGAUUUUGGGGGCCAUUUGGAGCCCUGGGACCCCCCAGGUGUGUUUUUUGGGGGCACUUGGAGAUUUGGGACCCCCUAGAUGUGUUUUGGGGGCAGCCUGAGACCCCUUGGAUGGAUUUUGGGGGCUAUUUGGAGCCCUGGGACCCCCCAGGUGUGUUUUGGGGGCAGCCUGAGACCCCCUGGAUGGAUUUUGGGGGGCACUUGGACAUUUGGGACACCCCAGACGUGUUUUGGGGGCACCCUGGGCCCCCUUGGAUGGAUUUUGGGGGCACUUGGACAUUUGGGACACCCCCAGAUGAGUUUUGGGGGCAGCCUGAGACCCCUUGCAUGGAUUUUGGGGGCACUUGGACAUUUGGGACCCCCCCAGGUCUGUUUUUGGGGGCCACUUUGGAGCCCUGGAACUCCUUGGAUGCGUUUUGGGGAUUUUGGGGCCGUGCCAAGGGGUUGGCACCUGACACUGGGCCCCCCCCCAGCACCCAAAACUGCCCCUUUUCACCCCAAAAACAGGGCCUGGCCAUGUAGGAGGGGGUGGGGUGGGGUUGGCAUCUGGCACUGGGCCCCCCCAUCACCCAAAACUGCCCCUUUUCACCCCAAACUGGGGCCUGGCUGCACUGGGGGGUUUGGCACCUGGUACUGGGUCCCCCCAGCACCCAAAUCUGCCCUUUUUCACCCCAAAACAGGGUGUGGCCACAUGAGGAGUUGGCACCUGGCACUGGGCCCUCCCAGCACCCAAAUCUGCCCCUUUUCACCUCAAACUGGGGUGUGGCCAUGCCAGGGGGGUGGCACCCAGCACUGGGUCCCCCCAGCACCCAAAUCUGCCCCUUUCCACCCCAAAAUAGGGCCUGGCAUUCUGGAGGGUUGGUACCCAACACUGGGCCCCUCCCAGCACCCAAAACUGCCCCUUUUCCCCCCAAAAACAGGGCCUGGCCAUUCUGGGGAGUUGGUACCCGACACUGGCCCCCCCCAGCACCCAAAACUGCCCCUUUUCACCCCAAAAACUGGGCCCUGGCUGCACUGGGGGGGAUGGCGCCCCCGCGUUUUUUAUCUCGAUAAAUUGCGGUUGACCUUUUCAAAAUGGCGGCACCCACGCGCCGCGCUGGGACGCCGCUCGAUGACGUCACUUCAGGAGGCGGGGCGGGCUCUUAAAGGGGCAAUGACCGCGCGGGGGCCGCGGGCGCCGCCAGGGCCGGAGCGGGGCGAGACCGGCCGAGGGUGA